GCUCAGGUGUUAUGCCUAAAUCCCCCCCUGAGAAAUUAUGAAUUGCACUCCCCGAUCAACCGUUUUGGAUGAACUUAAGCCCCAUAUGAAAUGCUAGUCGAACACUUCCCCACUUACCAUGAGAUGAACUUCUACUCCUGCUACGCGUGAUUCUAUUUCCAUCUACUUGUCAGCCUCAACCGUGCUACGUUACUGCGUGAGCAGGAACGUCAGCCGCUGCUGUUGUAGAAGGUUCAGGUUGCGCAAGAAUCAGGAGAAGUCAUCGCGUAUAGUUGAAGUAAGUAGUUUACAGUCGGUCACGUAUGGGUGUGAAAAAGAAAAUUGAAAGGGAACGCCUACGAAAAUUAGCAAUUUCCCCGAAAAGAAAUCACACACGAUAAGUCUUUACCCCGAAGAACUUCUCGUUUUCAUCCGAAGCUUCGAAAAAUUACUAGCCCCAUAUUCAACACCCCCCCCAGAUAUAUCAUAACCCCGAAAUCAAAAAUAAACAACAGCAUGGCGCCACUUCGAAACGAAUGCGUCAACAACAUUUCGACAAUUGCGAAGACCACAUUCCACGACAAUGAAAAUGAAGCUCCCAGCCUACCCAGCGGGAGCUUUUCUUCAAGAACCUCAGUUUCAAGCCCAACGACGUGAACAAGCAUCGCCAAUAAUCGGAGAACAUCAAAAGACUCGCACUUAUCAUGUCGCGGGUUUAUUUUGAUCCGAGACCGAGAAAAAUGCGGAUGCGGCCUCGAGCCGCGCUCGCGGUCGCCGCGGUGGUCGUGCAACGAAUUGCGCAAGAUCAAGGUAACGAGGACCUUCGAUCAUUAUUUCCGUUUGUCGGCCUCGUUCGCAGCUACACUGUAGGCUCGAAGAACGCGCGCUUGUCCACAAGAAGAAAAUCGAAGCAGGACAGAGACAGACUAGAAAGGACAAGGACUAGGACGUCGGCAUCAUCUGGUAGUACUUCUACCCCGACUAGUGCGCGAAUAAACCGUAGCUCUGAGGAAGAAAGCGCCGAAGUUGUAGAGGGGCGACCUGCUGAUGAAAAUGACGUUCCAGUACUUCUUGCAACGCCAGAAGCAGGUUCGAAAGGAAAUUUAUUUCAGCCGAAUGCUCGUCCGCCUAGUUCCAGCAGCGAGCUUGGUUCGACAAGCUCCGGCGGCGAAGAACUGCAUCAAGCGGAGCAGGGCAAUGCUAUAAUUGCAGGACGACACGAGAAGAGAGGAGAUGUAGAAGCAGUGGCAGAAGCGAAGGAGAAGGUAACGUCGAACCCUGCUGUCACCUCUCGUCCUGCGACAAGGACCCCCGACGUCGCAGUACGAACAGAUAGUACAACUACAGAAGAUCUUCAUCGCCGGCCAAGCAGUACCAUGCAACAGCAGGAGCGCCGUGGUCUAGACCACACCGAAAACAACUAUGACGGCGGUGGUAGAACAGUCGCGUUACAACAGCAAACAAGAGGUACAACUAGAAUAAGCCCCACGACCUCCAUCAGCAGUGGUUCCUCCACCUCGUUGUCCAACAAGCAGAAGUUUUUAGAGACCAUCUCCACCUCGUCUAUACGAAAGAAGAGUAGAAGACAAGAGGUCCGUCAAAGUGGCCUGGCCGGCACGCACGCGAGAGGGCGAGGUAGUAAAAGUAGUACUGUAGUACUACGACGGUGGUCCACUUCUGGACGAGAACUACUACAACAUGGAGUUGUGCUUGGAGAGGAAGCUGAUAGCACGACGGCUGGUAGUAGGCCUACUACAACAUCUUCUGAUGAUGAAAGAAGCAGUAGUAGUACAACCACCUCUGCGAGGACCAAGCGCGACCAAGAGGACAUCGGCGGCAGUGGGAGUGCUGGGAGUAACGACCUGGAGGUUCCUAAAUACAACGAUCACGUUGACCACGACCGCGUUUCUGUGCUGCAAGAACCAACAGAACAACAAGUAGAGGACAAGGACAAGGACAACCAGCUAGAGUCCUCGUUCGGCGGCGAACAAAAGAACACUACAGCCGCUGCUGGCACCUACUUCUCAGAGAUGUUGUUUCAUCUCCGUUACGGUGAGCCUCUUGUAGCAGGUCCGGCGAACGUGACAGCAACUCCAAGUGAAGUUGUAGACCAAAGCGAACAACUGGAGUCGGAGCCUGACAUUAUGGCGGUCGACGACGACGAGGAGGAGAAUCAGAAUGCAAAUUCGUCCUUUCUCGCCGCUUACUUCCCAACAGUUCUUUCCUCCUUCCUGGAGAAUAUCAGUGAUACUGCCUCGUCAUUCGCCACCAAAAUGACGAGGAAACGGGACCCGGACGAGCGUUCGGUGCGAAUCCUGUCGGAGCGGUCCACGUUGCGAAGAACCGUGAUUCCCAGUAUCUUUCACGACGAAACCAAAUUUAUCGAGCACGGAAAAUUUCGCUCCUUGCUCAGAAUGCAGAAGGCGAAUCGAGAGAGGUUGGAAGCAAAGAGGAGGGCAAAGAAGACGGGAAAAAUAGUAAAUGCAGCAACGUCGAUGCGAGCAGAUGAAGACCCUGCAGAGCAGGCGGAGAAGGAAAUACAAAUACAACAAGAGCCGACUACACGACCAGCUGCUGCAACUACUACAGAACAAGGUGAUACUAGUAGUACAUCAGGAUCUCUUCCAACAUCGACUUCCGCCGAAGAGGAACUACAAGAUAGCCGGAGCGACGCCAGUAUUGUGAAGGAACUGGAGAGUGUAGAAGUGGUUGAACUCUCCAACAAAACCGUGGAGACGAAAAUAUCCGACUCCCGGUACCCCAGCGCGGACGUGGCUGCGCCAGUGGGCCACCGACUGCUGAUGUCCUCCUCCUCGAGCCCGGCAGACGACGAACACGGCGAAAGCGACGAGCACGGCGACGAACACGCACACGCCGUGAACUACCUCGCCACCCACAAGGAUUGCACCAUCGACGAGGAGCUGGAUACGGGGGAGGAGUGCAGUGAGGCGGGGGAGUUCCUGUUCGGCAUACCUGCGAACAAAAUGGAGCAGGGCAACAUCGCGAUCCAGGUGGACGGCAUCCAGGUGGGCCCCAACCGGCCGGGCUGCUACUACGAGCGACAGCAGUCGGGGACGAAGCGGUUGAUCUGGAAAACGGGGGGCGACACCAAGGACAAGCGCAGCAACACGGGGACGUUUCUGUUCGUCUGCAAGGUGUACCACCCGCCGCCGGAUUUCCCGGACUCGCACAUCGUGCAGCUCCGCUACCCCAUGAUCUUCGUGAUGCUGACCCUGUUCGUGUCCGUCCUGGUGUCCUACAUCGGCAGGGCCACCCACGAUUUCUUCCCGAUGUCGCUCUGGCUGGUGCUGUUCGGGAUUUUGACCGACCUGAUCGCGUCCCAGUGCGGGUCUAAGUCGUACUUCGGCCGCAUUGCGGACGACAUCCAGCACGUGGACCCGCACAUCAUCUUUUGGGUCCUGCUCCCCCCGCUGCUGUACGAGGACGGGUCCGGCGCGGACUGGCGGGUGCUGCGGCCGCUGGUGGUGAACGCGUUGAUUCUCGCCGUGCCGGGCGUCAUCAUCUCGUUUUCCCUGAUGGGCGUCCUCAUCCGCUACACGCUCCGGAUGCCGAGCUUAUCGGAUUUACAUCAACAGCACAUCGUACAGUGCACGUGCUCCGCAUCUUCGGCCUGCGAGUACACGGAGGGCGACAACAGGGGGGAGCUCACCCCCGAGGCUGCGUUCUCCUACGCCUACACCACGGAGGACGGCACGAAGGGCCUGAUCGACUGCGUGGACCGGUCUGGCGGGCCGAGCAAGUGGAUCGCGAAGCCGGAAGUGUUCGGGUUGGAGGGGUCCUGGCCGUGGUCGACCUCGAUGUUGCUGGGCGCGAUUCUGUCCGCGACGGACCCGGUGGCGGUGAUUGCGGCCCUGAAGGCGCUCGGUGCGCCCGCGCGGCUGACCUUGUUGAUCGCGGGGGAGGCGCUGCUGAACGACGCGACGGGCGUGGUCUUUUUCUCGGUCUUCUGGGCCAACGCCAAGGACAAUGCGGAAUUUUCCUUUCUAGGCGCGAUCGCCUCCUUCUUUCGGCUCGCCGGCGGCGGCUUUGUGUGGGCUUUUGUGGGGGCGGGAUUGAUGCAUGGCGCGCUCAAGUUCACGCACCACAUGAGCUCCAAGAAUUUCCUCUUUCUCACCUUCGCGUGCGUCUUUGGAUUAUUCCUCGUUGCGGAACAGGAGUGGUUCAGACCGGUUCACCCAUGGUCCGGCGUGAUCGCGGUUGUGGUUUUCGCGUUUUACGUGUGCGCGGUCGGCGAGAAGAUGAUUUUACUGAACGGCGGCGCCCACCUGGCCCACGCGCACCACGAGGUGGUCAGCUUCGUCGCCGGGCUCGCGAACGACAUCAUCUUUUUCCUGGCUGGGAUGGUGAUCGGGCGUUUUCUGUUCUACUCGGGGAUGGGGGGCGCCGACUUUGGCUUCCUGUUCGUGCUCUACGCGUACUGCCACAUAGCCAGGGGGACGGCGAUCUUCUCCCUGAUCCCUUUGCUGAACAUGUUCGGCUUCGGCAUGAACUGGAAGGAAGGCAUCAUCGGCGUGCUGGGCGGCUUGCGCGGUGCGGUCGGGUUGGCGAUGGCGUUGCUGAUCGUGUCCGAUGCGAGCGACCCGCCGCUCGAUCUCGGGUUCCGGUUGCGCAUCGGGUUCCACGCGAGCGGGAUCGCGGCUUUGACGUUGGCGAUCAACGGGGUGAUUUUUCCCUACGUUUACAACGCGCUGAACAUCUACCCGCCGACCAUCCAGGCCUCGCAGACGAAGAUGCUGAAGUGCGCGACGCUGGCGGAGGGCAUUCUGUACGAGCGGCUGGCGGAGAUGCGAAAUCACUGGCUGUUCUGCAACUUGAACGCGGAACACAUUCUCGCUCUAGUCCCCAGAAUUGCGGACAUGCUCGCGGAGGAGGAGGAAAAGCACGCCGCCGGAGGUCAUAACCACGAUAAAGGUCAUCAUCAUCAUCAUGGCCAGCACAAAGACAGCAAGGGGGACAACCACGCCUCCCACGGCAACAAAACGGUCGCGGACCGGUUACACCAUUUACAUCACGAGUACCACGGGGACGCGUAUUACUUCAAGACGUUUCGGCAGGUCGCGGACCGGCACGAGGCGAAGUUCACCUGGGAAACGAAGAAGGGGCUGACCAACUUUCUCAUCCCGGCGGCCUCCGAGUCCUUCUCGCAACGGAACGAGGACGCGGCCGCCUGGCUGCACGGGGGCUUCGGGAAGGACUUCGAGAUGGUGAUCCACAUCUACUACUACGCCAUGAUGAGCGCGCUGGAGCGGUGCAAGAUGGAGCGACAGGACAUGGCCAUCUGGCCCGCGGCGGAGAUCGGCGAGGCGCUGGAGUUCACGCACGAGGCCAUGCAGGGGGUUUUACGGGCAGACAAGUGUCUGACCAAGGCGGACAACUUGAUGAUCAAGAAGUUCUUCCCGAAAAUGCCGGACGAAAUCUGGACGGAGGACCAGGACACGCAGCAACUGUUCGCCUUGGAGGUGGGGUUCUGCAAGCUCCUGGCCCGCUUGUUCGGCCGCGACAUCGACCUGCCCUGGGUGGUGCGCACGGAGUGCUGUCGGACCGUCGGGAACCUGUCGACGGAUGUGGAGUCCGCGUCGAAAACUUUGCUGCUGUACUGCCUGCUGCUGGAAAACACGCGGGCGAGUCUCCAGCCCAUCCUAGCCGGGGGGGACGAAGACGAGGCCGCGGGCGGCGGGGCGGCCAGGGUCAGCAUCGGCGGAGCUGCUCUUGGACGAAAGUCGGUCGCGUUGGAGGCCAUCCGCGCGAGCAUGAGUGCGGCUUCUCUGGAGCCGGACCACGACACCAGAAAGUCAAAGCGCGCCGGAGGCGGGGGCGGGCGGAAAUCCGUGGCCGGCGGGCCCUCGGCGCGGGGCGUCAAGCGGGCGCAAAGUGACGGCCUGGACAGCACGGCAAGCAUGGACAGCAGUCGGAAGAAGGUAUCAAAUGCAAAAAUGUCUGGGUCUGGAAGAGUCCGAAUUUGUGAUGCUGCAUUUGGAUUCCAAAAAAAUCUGUAUUGCAUGACCAGCAGGUGCAAAGGGAAUGCAGUUUUGGCUACGCGGAGAGGGCAUUUGUCAUGCGGAAUAGGCAUCGCGAAGCCCUCGAAAAGUCUGUGAUGCUACGGCAUGCAUUACAGACAUCAUGGCCCAUGCAAAACGUGCAUGACAGGGGAUUUCAAGGUGCAAAACGUGCAUGACAAGGCUCAGAAUCUUCCAGACCCAAACGUUUUUGCAUUUCAUAGAAGAAGAAGAGAGACAAAUCUUCGCGGCGGGGAUUUGAGGGAGAACAGGAGAACAAGCAGUCACUAGAGAAGCAGACCAUUGCAGCCAUGAUGCUUGGGCGAGGCGAAGACGAUAUGGUGAAGAGGGCGAAGGACAAAUUUGCACACUUGGCGCAUAAAAACCAACAUAGUAGUCAUGCCAAGAAUGCGUACCCCCACGCCGGCGAAGGAGAGGCUAGGAAUUCAGACGAUUUACGAGAACGAGAUCUAGAAGAAAACUUGUCACAUGAUGGUCUACUGGUGGAGGAAUCCAUUCCGAUACUGCUCGGGGCAACGACAGAAGAAGACUCAUCGGGGCCGGAACGUGGUGUCGAAAUGAAUUCCAAUUCUACUUCAAGGCGGGUUGCUAGAACGCCAACAUCAACUACACACGGUAUUAGGAACAACAGUUCGGGAAAAAUUGCACCACCACGGCCGCCCCCGGUGAGCCGCAUAAGAGCGGACUUCGGGAUUGUGCAGACAGAAUCAGGUUUGGACGUUGUAGAGGUGGACCGUAGGCUAAGCAUGGGCGUAUCCAGUUCCAGUUCCGUCGAGAUCAUGCCACAGAUGAGGACUUCUGUUCUUAAUACAGGUAGUAGUAGAAGAGAUCAUAUAGUGGCACCACAGAGACAUGAGGACGAUGAGGAUGGCGAUGGACGACACGACCAUCGGAAAGAAGUACGAGCACUACGUCAAAGAGCGCCAGCAGCAGCAUCUACUACGUCGGACCACGAGGACCAUUCGCUCGAUGUAAAAAUAGCAGCUGCGCGACCUUCUACUUCAGAAAGGUCAUCAACGUCGGAGGAAGCUUCAAAAUUCUCUUCGUCUUCUACCCGUAGAAUGAAUAUCGAGGGCCGCCACCACAUGCCCGAUCGCGGAGGAGGGGAUCCAGACGAAUACGAAGGGGGCAGGAAGAAAAAGAAGCCUCUCCCCUUGGGCGAAGCUCUCAACAUGCUGGACCGCAGUCUGAGCGCCGUGCUGACGGCCGCACGGACCACGUUGAUCAAAUGCGUGUUUGAGAAGUUUCCCUCGCAGUCCAACAUCUGGCUCCACGCGUUUGUGUGCCAGGGUUUGACGCAGGAUUUAUACAGACAGUUGGAACUAUCGGAGAAGAACGGGUUGUUGUUACCAAACGAAUUAGAGCUGUUGAACCACAACGUUUUCCAUGCGGUUCUGCACAAGCUCGCAAAGUAUAGUAGGUACGCGACCAUAACCAAAAACUUCCCCGAUCUAGAUAUGACGGCGAGACAGUCGCUGUUGAUAAGUAGAAAUAGAGUUUUAUCCGUAGACGAUCUACAGCUUCCCAUAGGCCCCGUGGUGCUCGCCAACCUAAAUCGCGAAAUCGCCCGGAAAAAGCAAACCCGCGACGUGGGGAAGCGGGCCCAGAGAGCGGGCGUCGAUAGGAAAAGAAGGAAACAAGAAAUGCUCAGCGCAGACUACUAGCAAGAGAAGUUUCCUAAUUUUUCCAUACCCGAUGUUUGAAACAAUAACAAUAUUCAAGAGUUUGAGAACGGUUUUCCAUAUAGCAUAAAUUAAAAACAAGCAAGAAAACAAAAUCAUACCUAAGAAAGCGAGUCUCCCCGGAGUCGCUGAGUAUAAACAAUUUCUGUCUUCGCAUUUUCUACUUGGUACUACCAUGAUUUAC